AUAUUAUAACUUCAUCUCUAUAAAUACACUUUCUUUCCUAACUUUCUACUAUACCCUAAAUCUUGUACAAACACUUAAAAAAAACCACAAAUCAAACACAAAAAAUUAGCAAAAAAAUAUCAAGAAAAAAAUAUUCUCUUCUUCCUUUUUUUUCUAUGAUUUAAUUUCAUAUUAAUUCAGAUCAAGAAAAAGAUUAUCGAAAUAUAUCGAAGAUGAAGAAUAAGAAGAAUAUUGAAAGAAAUAAAAGGGAAAAAUACCCUUUAAUUUCUUAUCAAGAAUUACCAGAAUAUAUGAAGGAUAAUGAGUUUAUUUUGAAUUAUUAUAGAGCUAAUUGGCCUCUUAAACAAGCAUUUUUCAGUAUUUUUAGUUGGCAUAAUGAAACUCUUAAUGUUUGGACGCAUUUAAUUGGAUUUAUUCUAUUUGUGGUAUUAACCAUAGCUAAUGCAGAGCAUUUAUCUCAAAUUGCUGAUUUUAUGACUAUGUUUAUCCGGAAUUUUCCAACAAGUGGAGAUGCGAAUAUCUCUCACAAUUAUAAGGGAGAAACUAGGUUAAUUGAUCAACAUUUACAAAUGGAUAUCACAUCAACCAAUGAAGCAACUUGGCCAUUUUAUGUAUUCUUAGUUGGUGCAAUGUUUUGCCUUUUAUCAAGUAGCACUUGCCAUCUUUUCUCAUGUCAUUCACAAAAAUUGAACCUUUUGUUAGUCCAAAUGGACUAUGUUGGCAUCACAAUUAUGAUCAUCACAUCCUUUUUUCCACCAAUGUACUAUAUUUUUCAAUGUUCACCACACUGGCAAAUUGUAUAUCUCACUGGUAUCACAGUCUUGGGAAUUUGCACUAUCAUAACUCUCCUCUUCCCCGUGUUUUCGACCGGAAAAUAUAGGUCUUUUCGGGCCGGGCUCUUCAUGUCCAUGGGUUGUUUUGGUCUAUUUCCAGCAAUUCAUGCUCUUGUUGCAAAUUGGAGUGAUCCUAUUAGGAAUAUCACACUUGCAUAUGAAGCCGCGAUGGCGUUCUGUUAUAUUAUAGGGGCUAUUUUUUAUGUUAGUCGCGUACCGGAGAAAUGGAGGCCUGGAUUGUUUGAUCUAGUUGGUCAUAGUCAUCAAAUAUUUCAUACAUUUGUUAUUUUUGGUGCAUUGGCACACUAUGGUGCGGCAAGGAUUUUCGUGGAAUACAGGACUCGAUUCGGAUGUCAUAAUAGAUAGAAGAGGGAUAAUGAUGUAUUUUGAUAUGAUGUGAUAUAUGUUUGAUACAUAUAGGAACAAUAACUUGUUAUUUACGAAGAGUUAUGUAUAGUCUGAGACGGAUUUAGAGCAAGUUCUAUGGUGAUCAAUCAAACUCAUUGCUUUGGGCUCGAACUAUGUAUUCAUGUGCCAAAAAAACUAAACAUAUCCAUAUCAUAUUUGAGUGGAACUUAACUUUCUUCAAUUAUCUA